CAAUUAUUCUUUUGGCAAAUUUGUUAAGUUUUGUUACUGAGAAUAUUUCUUUAAAUGCUGGUCCAGCUAUCGCAGGGUUAUUAAAUGCAACUUUUAGCAAUGUAACAGAAUUAAUCAUUUCUAUUUUUGCUUUGCAUGCUAAAGAAAUAAAAAUAGUUCAGUCUUCGAUGUUAGGAUCGAUUAUUUCAAAUAUUUUAUUAGUGUUAGGGACAUGUUUUCUUGCAGGAGGCAUUAAGUAUAAGAUACAAAAAUUUAAUCAAACUGCUGCUCAGACUAGUUUGAGUUUGAUGACCUUGGCUUGUAUAAGUUUAAUAAUUCCUGCUACAUUUAACAUUUCUUUUAGCAAUGACAAUAAAGAAACUUUGGAACAAUUUUUGAUCCAAGAUAAGAAACAAGCUGAAGUGCCACAAUUAUCUCUUAUAUCUUCUAUUAUUUUUUUAAUCAUUAUAACUGGUCUUAUUUCUUUAUCUUCUGAAUUUUUAGUUAAUUCAUUUGAAAAAGUGCAUGUCACUGCUGUUAUUGUAGCAAGAAAAGAUAAAAUAAAUAUAGCAAUUAAUAUAGCUAUUGGUUCUUCUAUGUUCAGAAAUUCAUUAACUGUGCAAAUUGAAUAUUAUGUUAAAGGUAUUUACGGUACUAAGAAAAAAAAUCCCUUAUAUGAAGCUUUGUCGUGGAUCAUUUCACAACAAACAAAGAAGUUAGAUAAUGGUUCGUUUAUUGUUCAACCUGCUAAUAAUAAAAAGUAUGAAAUAUAUGAAAUACCAGAUUUUAUCAUUUUGCCUGAAAAGAAACAACAAAUUAGUAUAGAGUACAGAGGUCGUAAAUUCAACGUCAUAUAUAAACUACAAGAAAAUAACAAAAACAAUAAUCAAAAUUAUCCUAGACCUCAAUUAUACUAUAAAGAAUCUGAUUCAGUGUCUUCUAUUUUUUUAUCAAUUAUCAAUGAUGGCCCAAGUCUAAAUAACAGACUUGAUGUUAAUACAAUUACUGAGUUCAUUAGUGAAGUGACAAACUUGAAUAGUUUAGAAACUGUUGUUUUAGAUGAACCAAAAGAAGAAUUACUAAAAAAAGAAUUAGACUCUUUUAUUAAUGACAAAGAGUUUUACAAAAGAAUUAAUCUCUAUUAUCUUAAUUUUAAAAAAAUUAAAAAUGAUAAUGAUAUGAGCACUGCUUUUAGUUCUGUUCUAUCGAAUCAAAUAAUUGUUCUUGAAGAUGUUGAUACACAAUCAAAUAUUCUUUUUAAAAGAGGUGACUUAUUUUUAUUUAUUAGUUUAUCUAAUUUUCUUGGAUAUUUGGAUGGGCAAAUAUUAUCAGAAGGCACAAUAAUUAUCAUAACGACUAAUCAUAUUGAAAAACUUGAUCCCGCAUGUAUUCGCCCCAGUCACAUGGACGUUCAUUUGGAUCUUGGAUAUUGUACGCAUUACCAAAUUAGAAAGAUGUAUCAGAAUAUUACCAAUAUGAAUUUUUCAGAAGAUAUCUUAGAACAAAUUUCAGAAUUAUUGUUACCCCCUUGCGAU